GUUCGUAUUAGUAAAAUCAAAGGCGAUUAUACAUACACGCUUUAACGUCGUUCCGUUGAAAAGAAACGAGAUUAAUAGGAAUUACAAAAUAAAUUCUUGUCACGAUUAUCUUUUAACAAUAAGUAUCUGUGCACAUUUCUGAUUCAAAACAGCAAAAUCUAAACACAUUUUAAUAAAAUCUUCAAGUGAAAGAGGUAACAAGGAAAAUCUAGAGUUAAGCGAGUUAUACGAACAAAAAAUCAGCAGAUUUCAGGUUAACCACGAUUAAACAACUGACCAUAAUUGCUCUAGAGUGUUGCAAUAUACUCGCCGGAAAGCACAGUAAUCAAAUGAAUUUAUAAAUACUAUUCUCAAAAUAAAUUUGUUGGUAAAAAAGAAAGUCACAAGCAGGACGAAGAUAUGCAAGACGGAGGUGCCGAUCCCUCCAGACAAAUGGAUUCCGAUCCAACUGGACAGCCGGAAACGUAUGAAUGCCAUAUCUGUGGACUGACAUUCGAUUUUUGGCUCAUUUUUGAUAUUCAUUUAUCGUCCCACGGCACCGGAUCGGAGCAUGAUAAGCAAGAGGAACGUCCCGGUCCCUCCAGACAAAUGGCUUCCGGUUCAACUGGAGAUAAUAUGCAAGGCGAAAGUGUCGGUUCUUCCAGACUAAGGAAUUCCGAUCCAACUGAACAGCCGGACAAUGUAGGCAAAAAAUCCGUAACAACGGAGGAACAGAAGUACGAGUUGAAGCGUAAGCAAAGGAAUCUCGAACGCGAAUCCUUUAAAAAGAUGAAACAGGAGUUAAAGCGUAAAAGGGAGAAGCUUAGAUCCGACAUCUCUGACGCGGACUCGAAAGAUGAUAAGCAAGAGGAACGUCCUGGUCCCUCCAGACAAAUGGCUUCCGGUUCAACUAGAGAUAAUAUUUUUAUUAGCACACCACAUCCGAAAAACAUUCAGAGAUUAUCCAGAGAAUAUCCAGAAAACAUUCAAUCAUCCUCAGCAUCUUCUCUGAACGUCUUCGGGAUACGUGCACUGUUACGGACGCCAGACGAAAGUGUCGGUUCCUCCAGACAAAUGGAUUCCGAUCCAACUGAACAGCCGGACAAUGUAAGCAAAGAAUCUUUAAAAAAGAAGAAACAGGAAUACGACUUGUUGAGCCGUAAGAGAAUGAAAGAAUAUCCAGAAAACAUUCAAUCAUCCUCAGCAUCUUCUCUGAGCGUCUUCGGGAUACGUGCACUGUUACGGACGCCAGACGAAGAUGACGGUCCCUCUAUACAAAUGGCUUCCAGUUCAACUGGAGAUAAUAUGCAAAGCGAAAGUGUCGGCUCUUCUAGACAAAGGGAUUCCGAUCCAACUAAACAGCCGGACAAGUAUGUAUGCAAUCUCUGGUUAAGACUAUUCUGUUCUUUGGACGUGCUUUAUAAUCAUUUAAAGGUCCACAUGAAUUAUCUUUACAACCAUUGCGACCUAUAA